CAAGAAGAAGCUGUCUUAUUUUGAAAGGUCACUCGCACAGCCAACCGGCACCACCAUCACCACCACCCCGGCCGCUUCUCUACUGGACCGCUGCCUCCUCUGCUAGCCGGACAUCAGCAGUCAUCAGCGGCCAUGGCGCGGCGGUUCUUCGUGGGAGGAAACUGGAAGAUGAACGGCGACAAGGAGAGCUUGGACGCGCUCAUCGGCAGCCUGAACGCGGCUAGCCUGCACGACGACACCGAGGUGGUGUGCGCGGUGCCUUCCAUCUACCUGGACUUUGUUCGCUCCCGUCUGGACCCCCGAGUCGGCGUUGUGGCCCAGAACUGCUACAAGGUGGCCAAGGGAGCGUUUACGGGGGAGAUCAGCCCGGCCAUGAUCAAGGACUGCGGGGCCGACUGGGUGCUUCUGGGACACUCAGAGCGCCGCCACGUGUUUGGCGAAAGCGACGAGCUGAUUGGCCAAAAGGUGGCUCACGCGCUGCAGAGCCACCUCGGCGUGAUCGCCUGCAUCGGGGAGACGCUGGAGGAGCGCGAGGGCGGCACCACCGAGGAAGUCCUGUACGCUCAGACGCAAGCCAUCGCAGCGUGGUUCUGUUUGUGUCCUGAAGGAUGGAAACGUCCUUCUCUGCUACUCCUGGGUGCCACGCUCUUGUUCAAAUACAAUGUGACGGACUGGGCCAAAGUGGUUCUGGCUUAUGAACCCGUGUGGGCCAUUGGCACGGGCAGGACGGCCUCACCUGAGCAGGCUCAGGAGGUCCACGAGAAGCUGAGGGCGUGGCUCAGAGCCAACGUGUCGGACGACGUGGCCGACUCGUUGCGCAUCAUCUACGGAGGGUCCGUCACGGGAGCCAACUGCAGGGAGCUGGCGUCUCAGGAGGACGUGGACGGCUUCCUGGUGGGCGGAGCCUCGCUCAAGCCGGAGUUUGUGGACAUCGUCAACGCACGCGCUUGAAGGGAGUCACGGAGUCCAGUGGAGUCAAAUUGGGCUCCUUUUUAGAAGCCUUUUGAUAGGCUCCGCCUUGCAGCAUGCCCCCCCCCCCCCCCCCCCCCCCACACACACACACACACACACACACACACACAGCGGAGAUAAUGGGCAUGUUAGAAAUGUGUACCUAGAUCACCACCACGUCCGUGUAGUUGUCUACGUUGGCCAUGAAGACAUCGUUUAGCUGAACUUGAUGAUGAUGAUGAUGAUGAUGAGGACAUAAAAGAGGACAAAAUGGAGUUGUGUCUUUUAAUCUUCAGCUCUUUACGUCCCUGAGGUCCACUGUCACCACAUGGUGGUGCACGUAGAGGAGGGCUGUCCAAACGUUGUCCCCCCAGGGCUGCUACUGAAAGGUCUUUCAUAAGUGUUGUGAAAAAACAGCCGGAAUUUUACGAGAGCAAAAUCAAAAAAUGAAGGGAAAAAGCCGGACUCACACGAGUAUAAAAGGUGCACUUUUCCAGGAAGAAACUCGUCAUAUUAUGACAAAAAAUAACGUCAUUUUAGCAGCAUAAAGUUGAACUCUUCAGGAAAGAAGGUUUUUAUUUUUUAUUUUAAAGUUGUCAAAAAUAAAGUUGUACGUUUUGGAAGAAAAACGGGAAUAAAGUCAGAAUAACAAGAAAGUUGAAAUAGUUGGAAAACUUGGAGAGAAAAAACCAACAGAAGCAAUGGAAAAUCAUUUUACAGAGUAAAGUCAAAUAUUAAGAGAAAGAAAUCGGUUUCUAACAAGUAAACACGUAACAAUUUUACAAGAAUAAAAAGGGGGGGGUCUGGGUACUCCGGUUUCCUCCCACAUUCCAAAAACAUGCAUGUUAGCUUCAUUGGAGACUCUACAUUGUCCAUAGGUAUGAAUGUGAGUGUUUGUCAGCUGGGAUAGGCUCCAGCAUACACGUGACCCUAGUGAGGAGAAGUGGUAUAGAAAAAGGAUGGAUGGAAAUAAAAUUUGGAAAACUAGGUUGCGGAAAAGGUUAUGUCACCAGAAUAAAGUCCAAAUGACAAGAAUAAAGUUUACAAGAAGAAACCUGAAGUAGUUGGAACAUUUGACAGGAGAAAAGGAAACAACUGCUGUAAUUUUACAUGAAAGAAGUCCAAAUAUGAAGAGAAAAUGUGCGAUAUGAGAAUAAACCGGUAAUAUGAGGAGGAGACAUAACGUCAUUUUAGCAGCAUAGAGUUGCUUGUGGAGAAUUGGCUUGGGAAAAAGUUGUAAUACGGGAAUGAAGUCAUUAUUCCAUCCAUUCAUCCAUUUUCCGUGCCGCUUGUCCUCGUUUAGUUUCUACUAAUAAUGCGCUUUUUGGCUGAUGCCACAAUUGUUUGGAGCACGUCUACGUGCGGCCUUGCCACACUUCAAACGUUUGGCGUGGAGGAAGAACCAACGCUCGAGUGAAAUUGCAAACUCUUUAUUUCACACAUUUUCAUUGAUACACUUUCUUUUUUGUAUUCUUUCAAAUCUCUUCUUGGACAUUCAGCACAAAGCAAAGAACGAAGUGUUUGAGUCACGACAAAGACAAGGAGAAACUGAGGAGGAGGAGGAAGAGCAAGAGUGUGCAUGUUGGCUUCCUUGUCUUGUCCACGUCUUUUAAGAAGCCUCUUUUUCAAAUGAGCUAAUAACAGUGCAUGUCUGGCUUUUCAACUCAACCUGCGUGCGUGUGUGUGUGUGUGUGUGUGUGUGUGUGCAUACAGGUCAUGAGUCCAGUGCAUAUUCCUAUUGAUUUUUUUUGCAUGUGAUUUUCUCAUUCGUACAUGGCUCCGUCUGCGUGUGUGUGUGUGUGUGUGUGCGCGUCCCUUUCACAGGGCGCUGGGGUUCCUAAAGUUGUGUCCUGCAAAGCGGGCCUGGUCUCCCAGCUCCUCCUCGAUCCUGCAGACAAGACAAGUGAGUACGUUGGUGCGUCUCUGUUGAGGAAGUCGCUGAGGCGCACGGAUUAGCAUUUAGCGCCGGCUAAGUCUCCGCUAACGCCUCUUCUCCUGCGUGAUGGGAUUACUUCCUCAUCUCUCCCGAGGCUGACUGUGUUUCAAACGGGGUGCUUCCUGUAGUACACGUCAGUGAGUACACUGCGUACGAGUACUUUGUGCUGGGUUGUUGAGAGUAUAGUGCUGUCCCAAAUCCAUUACUGCCGUAGUGCACUUACCGGAAAUGACUAUCGCAACAUUUAUCCACUUCUGCCUCUUCUCUCCCUUUUAACGGGGAAUUAGUCCCUCCCCUUCCGCUCCGUAGCCAAGAUGGCGACUACUGACGUUGGUAAGUGUCCAGAGCUACACACUCACCACUACGACCGUUCUGAGUGAAACAAACUGCGUUUUGCCGAAGUCUCAGUGUGAACGCACUCAAAGGCUGUGUUUCACUUAGCGCACUUCCAUACUCACACUUCAAUAAGUAUACUACUGUAAGUACACUAUGUGUACUUAGUUCCCGAGUGUGCAGGUUUUGACAGCGUAGUGCCGUCCCAAAUCCAUUAGUUGUUGCGUACUUACUGGAAAUGACCAUCGCAUUAGUUAUCCAUUUCUGCCUCUUCUCUCCUUUUUAACGGUGAAUUGCAAUCGCUUGAGUUACUCCUUCCCCUUCCGCUACGUGGCCAAGAUGGCGGCUACAGAGGGUGCUAAGUGUCCAGAACUUCACACUCCCCAUUUCCACUUUUUAUUGUACUUCUCAGCGUGAGUGCACUCAAAAGACGCAAGUGCACCAAUUGCGACGCGGCCGUGAGUGACUGGAUGGCGCUGACAUGUUUGCUAGUUGUCGCCCCCAUCAGGCUUUGUUGAAAAGUGCAGAUGUUAGCAAGCGCAGGCUGACCUCAUGAGCUGGUUGUACUUGGCCAGCCUCUCAGACCUGCAGGGGGCGCCAGUCUUGAUCUGCAACACAGAGAGGUUAAAGCACUCAUCCAUUGUCGUGUGCGCACGUGCAUGCAUGUGCAUGGGUGUGCAUGCGUGUGCGUGUGUCGCUACCUGGCCAGUGCACAGCCCCACCACCAGGUCGGCGAUGAAGGUGUCCUCCGUCUCUCCCGAGCGGUGGCUGACCAUGACACCCCAGCCGUUGGCCUGAGCCAGCUUACACCUAACAGAAAGGAAGUGAUCAUCAGUAGUGACCUUGACCUUCCUUUAACCUCCUCUGGAGAUGGCGCCUCGUGACGGGUCGAGAGUAGUCGACAUGCUGCAUUCAGGCACCGGCGCUGCGGCGUACGUACGCUUGUAUGGCCUCGGUGACGGAGCCGAUCUGGUUGACCUUGAGCAGCAGGCAGUUGCAGGCGCGUUCCUCGGCCGCUUUCUCUAUCCUCUUGGGGUUGGUCACCGUCAGGUCGUCGCCGACCACCUGGAUGCCCACUCGGGCCGUCAGACGGGACCAGGCCUCCCAGUCGUCCUGGUCAAAGGGGUCCUCAAUGGACACCACUGGUGGAGGAGACACGGGGGACGCAUCGCAUCAGUCCUGCAAGGUUUGGCCGUGAACCGAGGGCUGGAGAGCGCGACCCACCUGGGUAGUUGUUCACGAAGCCCUGGUAGAUGUCAGCCAGCUCCUCAGCGCUGAUGUGUCGCUCCACGUCCGGCGGGGACUUGAAGUCCAGGUCGUACUUGCCCUCGCGGUAGAACUCGGAGGCGGCCACGUCCAUGCCGACCACCACUUUGUCACUGAAGCCCGCCUUCUCGAUGGCCGUCUGCAGAAGGUCCAGAGCUGAGGAUGGAGCGAAGACGGUGAGACGCAGGGACCGCCUCGCCAAUUGCAUUUGGAGUCCUCGUCCUUACCCUCGCUGUUCUCCAGGAUAUUUGGGGCGAACCCCCCCUCGUCGCCCACGUUGGUGGCGUCCUGGCCGUACUUCUCCUGGAUCACACCCUUCAGCGUGUGGUAGAGCUCGCAGCCUAUCCUCAACGCCUCCCUUUGCACGCCAGGUAAAGACGGACGAUGAGAGGCAGCACGUAAAAGACGUUCAAGAUGUCUCCCUGACGAGUUCUUACUUGAAGGACUCGGCGCCGACGGGGAGGACCAUGAACUCCUGCAUGGCUAGUUUGUUCCCAGCGUGGGAACCUCCGUUGAUCACGUUGAAGGCCUGCAGACACACGGGCGGCCGGUGAAGGCGGCAGUGAAAGUGAAAGCGCAGAAGAAGAACGCUGAAAGACCCUCACUGGAACCGGCAGCACCAGCUCGGUGUUUCCCGCCAGGUCGGCUAUGUGGCGAUACAGGGGGACGUCCUUCUCAGCGGCGCCAGCCUUGCAGAUGGCCAGAGACACGCCCAGGAUGGCAUUGGCCCCGAACUGAGCUGUUGGCCAGGUCACAUGACAGCAAGUCUUUUAGAAAAGCCAUCUUGGCUCCACCCCUUUUGGCAUAAACAGGCGGCGCCACGUGACUCACAUUUGUUUUCUGUGCCGUCCAUCUCGAUCAUCAUGUUGUCCAGCUGCUCCUGUUCCACCACGCCGACGCCCUGCGCACACGUUUACGUUAGCAUGCCGCUUGUUGAGUGUGCUAGCAUCCAAUAUACAGUAAACGACACUGACUGAGGCUACGAGUGCAGGACCCAGCGUGUCAUUGAUGUGUCCCACAGCCUUCAGAACACCUGAAGGGCACACAGAAGAAAAGAUCAUUCCAACUGAGGUGAGGCAUCAUGGGGGUUGUAGCCGUGGAACCACCCCCUGCUGGGAUCAGCGCUAGGACUAAACCACUGCCUCAUUCAACGUAGCACUCAGCUUUUUCUAAAAAUACAAGAAACCAGAGAAAUACGGGUGCCAGCGGGGCACCAUGGGAAGCUUCUUUGAACAAAACACUCCAUAAAUCACAAGUUGCGUUUGGGGUGAAUCUGCAUUCUUCUCCUCUUGGCCGAAGCCCUGCUAUUUGGCAGCCUCCUCCCUUGCCAGCCCUGCUGCGAUUGGUUGAGGCUUGGCCGGAGCUCAGAGGCUCAUGAAACAGGUGUCUGUGAAGCGGAGCAGAGGAGCAGUGACCGUGAGGUACUGUAGGUCUUUAGCUCCUCUGAAAAAAACAAAUCCUCCCAUUGCUGCCUUACUGGGGUUUGGAUACACAUUUUAUACAUCCGAAAACACGCUUUAUGGGCUGGCAUCUUCAAGAGCAGCCAGUUUCCGCCACACACGUUGCCGGACAUGGACUUCGGAGACGCGAGGAAUUUAAGAACACGUGCCGACCUUUGCCCUUGUAGCGGCUCUUGUCUCCGUCUCGGAGCUCCAGCGCCUCGUAGAUGCCGGUCGACGCGCCGCUGGGCACCGCUGCCCGAAACAGACCUGAGCGGGGAGAGGAAGAAAGUCAGGUGUGUUCUCUCACAUUAGCGGUCAUCUAUCAAACAUGGAUCUACUGUAUAAAAUGCUUAUCCAGCGCUGUGGUUUUAUCUCCACUAUCCUCUGUGUUCUAUCAUGAUGCAGUGCUUGUGUUAGUCUUGUUGGAGUUAUUCCAGGUAAUAUUAUCAUACACCCUGGCAAACGGUGAUUAAUUAUGAUUAAUCCGUUUGGAAACUCAGAUUAAUCCGAUUUUUAAAAUGUCAUCAGUUCACAGCCCUAAUAUUUCAAUCUUAGCAUUUUUGUCUCAUUUGUACAUAUUUCUACAAAGUGCUAAAAACACACAAGCCAAGGAUGCUAACAUUUUGGACACCACUGGUUCAUAACAAACCAAAACUUUAGCCUAACGCGAAAAAUGACCCGUGGUGCAUAUCUGCCCACAUUUGCAUUUCAAAAUAAGGACAAUUUUAAGGAAAAUAAAGGACAUUCGCUGCACCAACGCCCUCGCAGUUUGCUGUGGCUCAUGUGGGUUUUUGUCACCUGCAGUGGCAGAGAUGUUUUUUUAGUUAAAGUGAAACACUCACUAUUUAAAGAAAAAGUGCACAAGAUAUAAAAACAGCUAAAAAGAGGCAGCUAAGAAUGCACGUAAUGGGACGCCCCUAUGAAGCCUUCUGAAAAAACCUCCAAAAAGCGCCAACAGGGCUCCACUUCCAUCAUGUGAGCUGCAUAUGGACCACGUUGUUGUUAUUAUUGUUAUUAACUUUGUUACACCCAAGAACUACGUUACUGCCGUAGUGACACCUCACCACACCACAGUGGCUAGCCACUAGCAGGCUAGCGACUAGCUUCACCACACACUCGCUCACAAGGCCUCAGGCCACUAGCCAAAGGUAACGCUACAUAUUGGAGCUGUGUUUUUGUUUUUGAUGCUAGGUGUAGCGUUCCUUUCUAUGUUGCUAUGUGACAUCAAUGCACCCAGGAAGGACGCUCCCAAAAUACUCCAAGUAUUCCAUGUUAUCAUGAAUGUAGCUGCUACUACAUGCUAACAGCGUGGAUAGAAAACCACUAAACCUUGUUGGGGCUUUUUGGAGGUGUUUUCAUAGGAGGAAUAGGUGCGGCCCGUUACGUGCAUUCAUUAGCUGCCUCUUUUUACCUCUUUUUAUACCUCUUUUUCUUUUACCUCCCUUUUUUUGUAUCUUUAGAAGGCACAGAAAAGAGAAAGCCGUGUGUUCAUGUGUCACAUGAGGAUGUGGAUGAGGGGCAACAUUAUGGUGUUUCUCUGGUCUAUGGUCUGAUCGUUCACUUUGUGUGGUGUUUAUGUCGUCAUGUUGUGGCGCUAGCUGCACUGCUAUCCAGCCGGUUUUGGCGCCCCACCAAAGUUUGUCACGAUGGUGUCACAUGGACGGGGGUGUCACCUUUCUCCGUGCACAGGUCCACUUCCACCGUGGGGUUCCCUCGGGAGUCCAGGAUCUCCCUGGCGACGAUGCUGACAAUCGACAUCCUGGUGUUGAGGAGGAGGAGAGAAGUGUGUCACAUGCAACGCCGCACACACACACACACACACACACACAAAACAAUCCAAAUGUCUCGCUAUGAUUGAUUAAUUUUUUCCAAGCCGAUGCCAUGGAGGUUCCUCGACCCCACUUCCUGUUUACUGCUGCCUCCUGUGUCCCAGGAGGAAAUCUUUGGAAAAUGGAGCUGCAGUGAAGCAAGAAACGUCCUCUGAAGAGCAGCUCAGAUGUUCUAUCAAUGUUCCAGAAGGUUCCAGGCCUGUCUUAUAGUGAAGCGUGUGUGUCAUUGUCAUUCCAUGUCAAAGUGACAUUUGGUAAUGUGGUGUGUACAUACGUAAACGUUAGGAGGCUGCUGGUCCUCGUGUCACGCCCACUGUCGGUGAGCCUCCAGGGGGGUGUUAGGUGUUUUUUUUUACCAUGCUCUGAGGCGGUUUGAGGCCCCACCCUGCAGCACUGCGGAGCUCUGCUCCCCGUGAGGAUGGAAGAAGAGCAUCUGCAAGUGUGCGUCGUUUUCACUUUGUGUUUUGCUGCAACAUGAGCGUAAUCGGUGUGGAAGUGAUGACCUCCUCCAGGAGGACAGACACGCAUGCACGUGGCCUUCAUUGUGUGAUUCAGUGAUUUAUUCAUUGGUUAGUAAGAACAAGAAAUCUUGUCAGGUUUUAGUCUAGCAAGAUCUCGUAGAAACAUAAAGAAAGUCUCAUACUAGGGUGCUAACAUUGAUAUGUUCUAGCUAUCUGCUAUGUUUCCUUUGUAGUUGAUGUUGUUACAUUGUUGAUAUUGUCGUAUUAAUCCGUCCAUCCUUUUUCUAUGCCGCUUCAUCCUCACUAGGGGGCAUGCUGGAACCUAUCCCAGCUGACUUUGGGCGACAGGCGGGGUGCACCCUGGACUGGACACCAGCCAAUGGCAGGGCUUAUAUAGACAACAACCUUUCACACUCCCACUCGUACCGAUGGACAAUUUAGAGUCUCCAAUGAAAUGACAUGCAAGUUUUGGGAAUGUGGGAGGAGUACGGUGUUAGCCCGCAAUCAGUGAAAUCCACCAAGUAGCCAACUUCAUUUUCUACAAUGAUUCUCUAUGAUUUAAGGCUGUAAAAGCCCCCCCGUACACUUGAUUUUCUCACAUUUCUCUCUUGUUUAAACACUCAACAAAGUUCAACCCUUCCUCUGAAUUUUAAUGCUCAACCACCAGGUCAGAUACGAGACAUUCAUGCCUUGUCAUCCUGGCGCCGUGUCGCUGUACUCUAGCGCUUUCGUAUCCUUGUGGCGAAGAUUCACUUACAAGCUAGCAAGCUAGCGAUGAUGCAGGAGACACGGCAUGAAGGGGAUUGAUUGGCAAUGGUCUUCAGCCAAUCAGGAUGCAGAAAGCAAUGGGUGGCGCAGACAGACGAGAGAGAGAGAGAGACCCUCAACUUCCCACAAUGCAAUUCUUCUUAAAGGGCCAGGCUCAGCCUGUAACAGCGUUCAUUCGCUAUCAUAAAAAAAGCCCUAAAUAAAUUUGCAAAACAGCAAAAGGUGAACUGUAAUAGAGCGUGGCCAACGUGCUAGCCAACGUGCUAGCCAACGUGCGGCUUAUGGUAUUUAUUUGUUAUGUUGUACCAUUGACUUGAUUUUGCUGGAACAAUUAAAUGUAUUAAAAAUGAUUUUUUUUUGCUGAUUGUUACAUUUCUAUCAGUGUAUAUACGUGUUGUUGUCUCUGUUGUGUGUGUUAUUCUGAUUGUAGUCAAGAUCAACAAAUCAAAUGCAACAUUUCCGUAUCUGUAUCGGCAAUACUUUCAUUCACUCGGCCAGGUCGA